CCUCAUAGGUAAGCAUUUUAUUGUUCUUGCUCACGUUUGCGUUCAUUAGCAAUUCCUAGAAUCUUAAAAAUCAACUUCACUUUGUGACUAAAUUUCUAUUCUAAAAACAAUAACUACCUACCUAAUGUAGAAUCGUAGAUACGUUUUCUUAAAAUGGAGGCCGGCCCCUCGCGCAAACGCUUGCGGCGAAGUACACGAAGUUGCUAUCAAUGUAGAAAGCGUAAAGUAAAGUGUCAGCUCAUCGAUGAGAAGGUCGAUACUUGUGCUGAAUGCGUCAAGAGCGGGACGCAGUGUGCUAUUCAACCGCCUGAGACGGAGUUGAGCAGCGAAGGCUCUCCUAUUUACGUUGAUAAGGAGGGACAAGAAGCAAGACUAGAACGUAUCGAAUCUCUCUUGAAAAGGUUGGUUGAGGCUCAAGAACAAUCUCGGCCGGCCGAAGCUUCAUUAGAAUGCGAAUCUAUAGCUCCAGUAUCUAUCUGGAACGAUUUUUUGCUUCAAUCAACGGCCGACGGAACUCUUCCUCCCGUCGACGAUAAUAUCCUUCCAAUUCAUCAGUCAGAAAACACGUCAGAUGAGAAGCAGCCGCUUGUAGCCCUUCUACCAUCUGCACAGGAUGCAGUUACUAUAGUUACAAACAGUACUGCUUGGCUGUGGGGAGCAGAAACGCCCCUUGGGAGUGUCCUUAGGCCAAACGAUACGCUCCAGCUCUUAGAUGUAGCUGCUAUUUCGAGCGGCAGCACCAUACAUAUUGCCAAAAUACUGCUCUUAUUCGCGCUAUAUAUGCAACAACUCCCGUCACAUUUUGACGUGCAAUUCAUAGGAUCCGAAAGCAUCGAAAAGACUAUUGAAUUGAUUGUAGACCGAGUCAGGUUAUUCGUCCUAUCCCACGAAGAUGAAGCUUCUUCGUUAGACGGUAUAGAGUGCUUAACUCUACUAAGCUCGAUUUAUCUUAACGAUGGCGCAAUUCGAAAAGCGUGGAUGAUCUUCAGAAGAGUUCUCGAUAUUGCCAGAUUAAAGGGGUUUCAAAACAGUUUCUCCCUUUCCGCUCGCAGCUCACCCCGUAGCGAUAUAGCCCUUCAACGGCGACUAUGGCUCUCGACCGUCUGCGGUGAUUGCUACUGUAGUCUUCUCCUCGGUCUUGAGCCUGGACUUGGUAUUGCACCCUUUGGUCCUGACGACGAUACCUGGAUGGAUCCGCUUGCUGAUGAAGACGCCAACGUCCAACGCCGUAUUUGCCUAAUUGUGUCGCGUAUUGCGCAGAGGAAUGCCGUUGGUUUUGGUAGAGACCGUAGUAUCCUUCGGGAAAUAGACGAGGCAUUGAAUAGAUUACAAGACUCGAUGCCUGCUUCUUGGUGGAGAGCCCCGUCGUUCCGUCAAGAUCGAUCUCUUGAUUCAGCCAAGGAGCCAAACCGCCUUAUAUGCCAACUGUGGUUUUAUCAAGCACGAGUAUUUGCACACUUACCUAUCGCGUUUGGGAAAGCUACGAAUGACUCACUGGAUAGCCUCGAAAGCUGUAUAGAGGCGUCUAGGUUUACAAUCCAUCGAUAUCUUGGAUUGCAGCACGUAAAAGAUCAACUAUCUCGUUGUAGAGCCGUCGAGCAAUCAGCCUUCCUUGCCGCGGUGAUUCUUCUCCUCGCCAAAUUGCAGCUCCAGUAUCACGAAAAGUGUUCGACGGCCUCUAGAUACGACUCAGACCGGGCUCUGCUUGACCAAGUCAUCAGCUCUUUCGAAGCCUCUGGAGAAGUAGGCAGUAGAGAACAUGUAGCAAGGCAAAGCUACGAGAUCCUUUCCACCAUGUUGGAUAUUAUUAGUAGCUCGGAGGAUACCCUAUUCGUGACGAGUACCUCUGCUCCCAAUACUCCCUCAACACUUGGAUCAUCUUUCGAUCCUGACAUGGUUGGGAAUACUAAGGACACUUCCAGUGCGACUAAGUCUAGGAUGGAAGAUAUAAUUGCGUCUUCGAUCCAGCCAGCGCUUGGUGUCGAAAGCCCAGCCUCGCAGCUGAUUAAGCUGUUAUUUACAAAGUCUAGCAUGGCAAAACCCCCUCAACAGCCAUCACAUAUAACACUUGCCAUUGAUGGUUUAAUAGACCCGACUAUCCUUCAACGAGACACUUCAUAGAAAUUGCAGUAUCGACAUAGUCAUUUUUCCACAGAGCAGCUAAAUUUACCCUUCAACUAUGCCGCUAUCUCAAAGGUAUAAAACUAAGAAUAACCACAACAAUUAUACAAAUCUUCAAAUCCCAUCGAUAUCUAUUGAGGUUUGGAAUUAUUUUCCCGUGAUUCCAAAACUUCCAAUAACUCCCUCCCUUUUCUCGCUAUACGCAUAUUUUCGA